CUUCAACGCUGCACAUCAACAGCAUGCCGACCGAUACUAAGCGCGUCCGCGGGCCCGACGUGUCCCGUAGCCCGGGCGUGUUCGCGCUCAGCCCCGCGGACGCCGCUCCGCCGGCGGCCGGCAGCAGGCCGGACGGGCGGCAGCGGGACCAGGUGGACGUGCGGCCGGUGUUCGUGCGCUGCGGGCCGGUGAGCCAGGCCGAGGGCUCGGCCUACAUGGAGGCCGGCGGAACCAAGCUGCUGUGCUGCGUUUACGGACCCCGGGAGACGGAGCGCAGGGACGACACCGACAUGACCCGCGGAAGGCUGACCACCGACAUGCGCUUCGCUCCGUUCUCCUGCCCAGAGAGGGGCUCCUGGAUCCAGGGCAGCCAGGACAAGGAUUUCUCUCUGAUGUUACAGGAGAGUCUGCAGCCGGCCGUGCGCCUGCAGAAAUACCCCCGCUCUCAGAUCGAGGUCAACGUGAUGGUGCUGGAGAACAGCGGCUCGGUUCUGGCUCACGCCAUCACGUGCGCCUCUCUCGCUCUCGCAGACGCGGGGAUUGAAAUGUACGAUGUGGUGCUGGGAUGCUCCAUGCACCAGGACGGCGCCUCCUUCGUGGUGGACCCCACUUACGUGGAGGAGAACAGUCACAUCUCUGGCAGCGGCGACAACCAGGGUGGACUGACCGUCGCGUUCCUUCCGAGUCUGAAUCAGAUUUCAGGGCUGCAGUCGGACGGAGAAAUGGCCGAGGAGACUCUGACGGCAGGGAUUCGGACCUGCAUUGAGGGUUGCUAUAAACUGUACCCAGUGAUCCAACAAGCCCUGGUCAAGGCUGUGCGCAAGGCUGCUCCCCCACCGUCAGAGAGCUGAGAGGCAAAGGAAAAAGCGCGGUUUAUAGUUCUUCCGGUUUACUAUUGCUAGUCAUUCCUUUUCUUCCUGUUAUGUCAGUAUUUUUUAUCAAUAUGUUUACUCUCAAAUUCAAGACUGAAAGUGAUUGUUCACCCUGAAUGUGCUGUCAAGAGCCAAACCCCUAAACAUCAAAUGACAGGUUAAAUGGACUUGAUUGGUUUGAUAAGUCACUUGUCAUCUCAGGUUGAUUGGAUUUUCAGAGGGUCUUCAACUCUCUGGAUUCUAGCCAUGGUCAUUAUCUUUUCUCUAGGUAGUGUUUAAGUGCUUUGAAACUAUACUGUCACAAACUAAAUUAGGUGUGCCUCCUCUCCUGGCUGUGAUCUGAAAAUGAGUCUCAGCAAAAUGGAAUGAAUGUUUUCUUGAUCCCUUCUCUGCAGCGGGAGGAGAAGAGCCUGCAAGGCAGAAGGGGUAUGACUCAAUUUCCACAUAGAAAAUAAAAAUAAAAAAAUUGUCAGGAAAAAAAAUAAUCUGUCAUGCUCAUGGAAUAAAAGUCUCAACUCAGGGGGCUGCGAUGAAGUGUCACCCAGACGAUACAGCUGUGUAACACAUUUCUUGUCAUUAAAAUUUAAAUAAAACAUGUUAA